CCAAGGAGGAGGAGGAGGAGGAGGAGGGAGAUUGUCUAGGAGAGAGAUGGGGGUUGAAGAAGGAUCAUCAUCGUCAUUGUCAAGGCCGUCAAUAGGGUACCCUCUAGGUUUAGCUCUUCUAAUGGUGAUGUUGCUAUGCAUGAGUGGCUUCUUCUCUUGUUGCUAUCAUUGGGACAAGCUUCGAUCCCUUCUCCUCCUUCAUUCUUCCACGGCUGAAAAUCGAACCUCCCAAUCCCAACAACUUACUCCUCAUUCACUACUCCCUAAAACUACCUUGAAGGAAGAGAAAAAUCAAAGUGAGAGCUUGACAGUUUUGAUGCCUGGAGACAAGUUCCCCAAGUUUGUAGCACUUCCCAGUCCAUGUCUCAAACAAAACCUUAAUAAUACUUCAAAAACCACAACACUUCCAAGUUUUCCUGUAUAGAGAGUAACAAUACUGUGUAUAUAAUAUAUAUUGCUAAUUUAUCAAUUUUAUUUGCAUUUUUUGUGGGUGUGCAUGUGCAAGUUCUAAGCAGGGUAUGGUAUGUAUUAAUAAGAAUUCAAACACAUAAACCAUCUAGCUCUGCCGUAGUUGGCCAUCAUGACUCUCCCAAUAGUUUUAUCUCAAGCGAGAGGCUAUGGGAUUA